AUGUUGCUGACAACCGAUUGAUGCCCAGGCACUCACGCGCUCUAUUCGGUAACCCCAAAACAAGAUUUCUUCCACACUCCCUGUGAUGACUACGUGGUUGGAAUAAUGAAUCGGUCAGGCUCUGAACACCACUACCACUACGCGCAGCUGGCAGGUGGACAUGGAACUACGCUCAGCACUUUCUACGGGAAUUACUACCGGGACGACCCUUCACCUUAUGCAACAACAACAUUGGUGACAUUGAACCAACAACCAUCAUGGCUUGACGAUCGAAUGCUCAGAGGACCAGUUCUUCCUGCUAAUCCGGUUCCGAAUGAACCACCAGCGAAGUAUGCCAACCAGAAGGGUCGACGUCCGCGAGGUGGUCGCGCAUCCGAACAUCGCCAAACAAGCCGCCAAUCGGAUAGUCCUCCUCACACUGACGUUAGCUAUAUUCAGGUUCUUAAUGUUUGGCGAAUCCGUCAAGUAUAG